AUGAAUAAUCAAACAUCUCUGUCUGAGUUUCUUCUCUUGGAAUUCUCAAAGAUCCGGGAGAUACAGAUUCUACAUUUCCUUCUGUUCUUGGUAUUGUACUUAAUAGCUUUAGUAGGGAACCUUCUCAUCAUCUCUGCAGUAGCCUUUGACCACCAUCUGCACACCCCCAUGUACUUCUUUCUGAUGAACUUGGCCAUGCAGGACAUUGGCUCUGUUUCUGUCAUUAUCCCCAAAUCCAUGGCCAAUUCCCUCAUGAAUACCCAGCACAUUUCUUAUGCUGGAUGUGUUGCCCAAGUCCUCUUGUUUGUCUUCUUUGUAGGAAGUGAUAUUGCCCUACUUACAGUCAUGGCAUAUGAUCGGUAUGUUGCCAUCUGCGAUCCACUGCAAUAUGAAAUGGUAAUGAACAGGAGAGCGUGCAUGCAAAUGGUUACUAGUGUCUGGAUUGCUGGCUUUCUCAAUGCAGUGCUCCACACUGGUGGAACUUUUACAACCCAUUUCUGCUCCAAUGUUGUCAAUCAAUUCUUCUGUGAAAUCCCACAGUUACUAAAGCUUGCCUGCUCUGACUUGUACAUAACUGAAAUUGGACCGGUUGUCUUGAGUAUUUUAAUUGCGUUUGGCUGUUUUGUCUUCAUUGUUGUUUCUUAUGUACAAAUCUUCACUGCUGUUCUGAAAAUCCCUUCAGCUCAAGGAAGGAAAAAGGCCUUCUCCACUUGCCUACCCCACCUCAUCGUCUUCACCAUAUUUUUAUUGACUGCAUUUGUUGCUUACCUCAGGCCCCCCUCUAACACAGCAUCACAUGUGGAUUUGGUAUUUGCUAUAAUAUAUUCCAUUGUUCCACCCAUUCUGAAUCCAGUGAUCUACAGCAUGAGAAAUAAGGACAUCAAGGUUGCCCUUUCAAAACUUCGAGGUGUAAGGUAG